UUCAAAGGAAAGCAUCAAAAGGAAAGAGGAGAGGGAUUUCGGAUUUCUUAUUUUCUUUUGUGUUUUUAAUUUUACAUCUUUAAUCUUUGUGUGGACAGAUGCACCACGCCGCGUCGCAGAGGAUGAUGGUCUCUCCGUUUCCAUUGGUUUAGGUGUCGGUAGUGACUGUUUUAUGGCGUGAAAGGGAAAAAACCCAAAAGGGUGCGUAGUGCGAUUGGGAUCUCAACAUUCGAAAGUCUAAGAAGAAGAAGAAUCAGCAACGAAACCCAGUUUGGUUUUUGGAUCUUUGAUAGGAAGCUAUAGAAAUCAGAACCAUACCACCAUAGGAGUUCAUAGUACUGCUAUAUAUAGAAUACUACUUACUUAUCACUCCCUCUCUCUCUCUCUCAGAUCAGACCCUAAAAAGUGAAAUCAGUUUGAUUGGAGAGGCAAAAGGUUGUUGGAUCUAUAAGGGGAGGAGUUCAAGAUAAGAGGGUAUCGAUUUCUAUGGAGAGAGAAUCAAAAUCGUAAUUAUUUUCAGCUUCUCUGAGAUAAUAAAUCUCACCCUUUAAAUGGCGGGGAAAACGGGAUCUGUUUCGAUCUCGGUGCCGUACAGGAAUCUCAGGCAAGCUGAAGUUGAAUUGAUCGCUUCAAACGAAGCUCACCACCCGAUCGAUCUCAAUUCUAGGUCUUCCAAUGACAUCUCGAAUCAAUCCGGCUCAUCUUUACCUGCUUCCGCCCCUAACUCCAGCGGUUGGAAGACUUUGAUUCUGGGCAGUAUGGUUGCUGCCGGUGUUCAAUUCGGUUGGGCCUUGCAGCUUUCACUUCUGACUCCCUAUAUUCAGACUCUUGGAAUAGAGCAUGCCUUUUCUUCAUUCAUUUGGCUUUGUGGCCCUAUUACUGGCCUUGCGGUUCAACCUUGUGUUGGUGUUUGGAGUGAUAAGUGCCACUCGAAAUAUGGAAGAAGAAGACCAUUUAUUUUUCUUGGGUCUCUCAUGAUCUCUGUUGCUGUGAUGAUAAUUGGGUUUUCUGCGGACAUAGGAUACUUAUUAGGAGAUACAAAGGAGCAUUGCAGUACAUAUAAAGGUACUCGAACAAGGGCAGCUAUUGUCUUUGUCAUUGGUUUUUGGUUGCUGGAUCUUGCUAACAAUACUGUACAGGGUCCAGCUCGUGCUCUUCUGGCUGAUCUCGCAGGACCUGAUCAACGAAAUUCUGCAAACGCAAUUUUUUGCUCAUGGAUGGCAGUUGGAAAUAUCCUAGGCUUCUCAGCAGGUGCUAGUGGGAAUUGGCAUAGGUGGUUUCCAUUUCUGCUCAGUAGGGCUUGCUGUGAUGCCUGUGGAAAUCUGAAAGCAGCUUUUCUAGUUGCAGUGGUCUUUCUUGCACUGUGCACAGCAGUGACUCUUUAUUUUGCUAAAGAAGUUCCCCUUGUCAGCAGUGAGGCCAAUCGUUUAGCAGACUCUGCUCCCUUAUUGGAUGCUACUCCGCAUUCUGGCAUUGACCUUGCAAGGUUAAAUUCCAAUAAGUCACUUGAUGAUCAUGCAUCUGAGAUUGAUAAUGUAGAUGGUAACCAGAAGCAUCUUGACUCGAAAGUUAAAGAGGAACAAAGUGAAACCUUUAAUGAUGGACCUGGAGCAGUGAUGGUCAAUCUCUUGACAAGCUUAAGGCAUUUACCAUCUGCAAUGCAUUCAGUGCUUAUUGUUAUGGCUCUUAGUUGGCUGUCUUGGUUUCCAUUUUUUCUCUUUGAUACCGAUUGGAUGGGGAGGGAGGUUUUCCUUGGUGAUCCAAAAGGGGAUAGCGAUCAAAUGGAUGCAUACCAGAGAGGUGUCAGAGAAGGUGCAUUUGGUUUGCUAUUGAAUUCAGUUGUUCUGGGGAUCAGCUCUUUCCUUAUUGAACCAAUGUGUCGGCGGAUGGGUGCACGUCUAGUGUGGGCAAUGAGCAAUUUUAUCGUGUUUGUCUGCAUGACAGGCACAGCCAUCAUUAGUUUAUUUUCUGUCAGGGAAAAUCCUGACGGAAUUCAGCAUGUAAUUGGAGGGAAUCAUGCAGCCAAGAUUGCUGCAUUGGUUGUAUUUUGUCUUCUAGGGUUUCCUCUUUCAAUUACAUACAGUGUCCCCUUUUCUGUGACAGCAGAGUUAACUGCUGAUACGGGUGGUGGACAAGGUCUGGCUAUUGGGGUUCUAAAUCUAGCAAUUGUUAUCCCUCAGAUGAUUGUAUCCCUUGGAGCGGGCCCGUGGGAUGCUCUCUUUGGAGGAGGUAAUAUACCUGCCUUUGUUCUUGCUUCCAUUUCUGCCCUUGCGGCUGGUGUUAUUGCGGUUCGUAAAUUGCCAAACCUUUCAAGCAAUGCCUUCCAGGCAUCUGGUUUUCAUUUUGGGUGACGCACACAAAUGCACCACCACCAUCCCGGCAACCUACUUCGGGGAAUGGAUUCAACUUCCAAUCCAAUGAAUCUCACAUUCAAAUUCAUUCAUUUUAUUCUUUUCACUCCUGUGUAUUCAGCGAGUGGUGUAAUAUAUGUCUUGUUAAAAACCGGAGCCAUGUAUACAUCCAGAUACCUAAGUUUUGUUGUCUUUGUUUUAUUUUUCCACGGGGUUCGAUGAUGAUGAGCUUACACUUAUUAUGAUAUACCACCAGCUGGUCCAUGUUUCUCUGUGGCAUGUUUAUAUUAUUGCAGUGGGAUAUUGACAACUUAGAGAGAUGUUUUAGGUGAUUAUCAUCUGCACCAGAUUCCUCCUUAUGAUCGGGUCAACCGGGCCAGAUCAUGAGUGGAAUAUCGUGAUCGGGUCGACCAUGUCAAUGAAUCAUUGCCAAACAUUUGCCAUCAUCUGUCCAGCAGGCUCUUUUGAGGUACUGGAUGGUAGUAGGGACUUGCAGAGUGUAUAAUCAACUGAGUUGGUCGACUCUGCCAAGUUUGGAAGACAAACAAGAAGCUAACAGCAUUGAUGUUAACAUAAGAAACUCUUUCUAUUUGUAGCAUUUAAGAUUACUGUGCUUCUCCUGCUUAUUUAACUGGAUGUGUAUGCUUUGCGACCAAUUUGGUUAUUUUAUAGCAUCUAGACAAGGAGAAGACUCCUUCAAACUGUC